GAAAGUUGUGGAAUAAUUAUGAUAUUAUUCCAGUAAAUUGCGCAGUAUAUUAUUAAAACAUUUUUAAUAAUCUAAACAUUACGUAAACACUCUUUUUCGAACCACCUUCUGUGUGGGAAACAAUCCUCUUAUUGGCUUGUAUUUCAAAUGCAAGUGUGUCGUUUCGAAAAUUGCCAUAUCAUGUAUUCUCGAACUCCCAAAUCGAUCGAAAUGACAAUAAGGCCAAAAUGUUUGCCGCAGGCCAGAAAAAAGCAAAAAAAAAAGAACCAUAAAAAAGAGAGUCAGCCAAACGACAUACAUUUCUGGAUGGAAGGGGUUAUAGUAUGGAAAGUGGGGAACUUUCGGGAGGCGGAAGAGGGAGAUACUUACCGCCGACGAUGAUAAUGAUAAUGAUGAUGAUGGCGAUGUCGUCAGAACCGCAGAUUAAGAAACAAUAACGUUCUUUGUGCUCGCAACAUUCGGCAGGCAUUAGGCGAACGCGUUAAGAGCCGUAAUGAGCCAUAAACUUGCCCAACGGAAUGCAUAUGGAAUAUCAAAACGCAAAAUGCGAUGCAGUCAGCAGAGAUAAAAAAAAAACUGAAAUAAAGCGGCUUAGAUGCCCCACUCCUCGUACCCCUUGUAAGCAAAAUGUUUGUUGCCUGUUUUCAGCGAAUAUAAAAAGCUGCAAUUGAGCAAACAUCGAGUGCAGUUCAAUUCUGUUUGUCAAGUCGGAGAAUUAACUUCUUUUCAUCGUCAACAUGCUGAAGCUGGUAUUCCUUUUGCUCGCCGCCCUCCUGGCCAUUGCCAUGGCAGCUCCCGGGCCAAAUCCCGCCCCGGCCCCUGUUCCCCAGUUCGUCUACUCCGCCGGCUAUCCGGCCGUGGGCUAUGCCUCGCCCUACGUCUACUACGGCUGAUUCGCAAUCCGGAUUCAAAACUGUAUUAAUAAAAGCUUUUUGACAAUUUUAUUUGCAACAUAAA